AAACGUAAAUAAACAAAAAUGUCAACAAACUUGACUGUCUGUCAGGGUUGGGUCAAAUGAUGCCAGGUUUUUGAACUUCGUGAACGCACAGUGCUACCUCUAUUCCUUUCAGCAAACAUAUUAAAACUUCCGUGAUGUCGCGUUCAUAGUGGUUGCUUCAAUUUCCUGCCCUUGUCAGUGUCAAAUAUAAGCUCUCCGCCGAAGCCGGCUAUGGCACUCAAAGGAGUUCGUGUUCUUGAGAUGGCAGGUCUGGCACCUGGACCCUUCUGUGGGAUGGUUCUGCGGGACUUUGGAGCGACAGUUGUGCGCAUAGAUAAGCCACACCCUUAUAUGGACGCCGACAGGCUUUCUAGGGGCAAGAUGUCCAUCGUAAUAAAUAUGAAAGAUAAAAAGGGAAUCACUUUGCUAAAGAGAAUGGCAGAUAAGUCUGAUGUGUUGAUCGAACCUUACCGUCCAGGUGUCAUGGAAAGGCUUGGACUGGGACCAGAAACUUUACAAAAAUCAAAUCCAGGGCUUAUCUAUGCCCGCAUCAGUGGCUUUGGUCAAAACGGGCCGUUCGCCCACAUGGCUGGCCAUGAUAUCAACUACGUGGCCCUCUCAGGUGUACUGUCGAUGCUCGGAGAACACAACAGAAAUCCGCAACCACCGGUAAACAUACUUGCCGACUUUGCGGGAGGAGGAUUGCUCUGUGCUCUCGGCAUCUGUAUGGCUCUCUUGGAAAGGCACAAGUCUGGCCUCGGACAAGUGAUCGAUGCUAGCAUGGUGGAAGGUGCUGCGUAUGUGAGCAGUUUCCUGUGGAGAUCCAGAAGCUCGAAGAUGUCAAUUCCUAUAUGGGUCAACGAGCGUGGCAAAGACCUACUGGAUGGGGGAGCACAUUUUUACAAUACUUACGAGACGAAGGAUGGACAGUACAUGGCUGUGGGGGCUCUAGAGCCACAGUUUUACGAGAAGCUGUUACAGGGACUAGGACUUGAAGGUGACACCGCAACACAGUUUGGGGACUGGGACGACUGUCGGCAACUCUUUGCUACGAUAUUCAAGUCUAAAACGCAGGAAGAAUGGUGCAGCAUAUUUGAUGGAAGCGACUCUUGCGUCGUUCCUGUGCUGCCGUACCACAAGGCCCACGAGCAUCGUCAUAAUGCAGAACGGCGUUCGUUCGCACCUUCCGGAGACGGCUGCAUCGUUCCGAGACCUUCUCCCCGGUUGUCACGGACGCCGGCUGAACCUGAUUACGAGGAACCGCGUGCAGGGCAACAUACCAACACUAUCCUGGAGAGUUACGGCUUCAGCAAAGCAGAAAUAGACGACCUGUUGGAAAAAAAUGUUGUUGAGGCAGAAGCGAGAAGAAAGUCAAAACUAUAACAGUUAUACUUCAUAAUGAAUGGGCUGGUUGUUGGGUCUUUUUGUCGGGCAUUUGUUGAGCAUUCACGUGGGUCGUGUUCAGAUAUGUUUUUGCUAGGCUCCAGUUGGUGCAUUGUAUUUGUGGUGAGAAGUAAUUCACAGGAAUUUACCGAGUGAGAUUACUGGUGUACCAAUUUAUUUUGAUAAUGAUAUUCACACCAGCAAAACUUACUUCGUAAACAUAGCGAAACCCAGCAAAUCCAAAUAGAUAGUGCAUCUGCAGGGUACGCACUCCAAAAUCAACUCUGAGUAUGUUCAUAAUGCUGAGCUUCACUACAUAACUUGUUCACAACGAUAUUGUGUUCUUUUUAUUUUUUUUUAUGUGUGUUUUUCUUAUGUUGUUUUCUGAUAUCGUGGUGCCUUUGCAUGCAUGGAAUUUGAAUUUAGUGCCUCCGCUGGAAGUCGCAGGAAGUAACGAGGUGGUAAUGGUGUCUUUGUAUGCAUGGCUGUACCUGAGCAUAUUAAGCAGUAAAAGCCCGUUUUAAAGGA